CGAAGCAAGCAGCGCUUUGGACUUGGCUGGCUAUUAGCUCGCCACACAUACCUACAACGGAGCGUUGGCAGCAUUUAGCUAACUACCACAACCAACUGCCAAAGCAUAAUUCAGCAUGCCUUCUUCAUGAGUCAUGACAUGCCAAAGCUCCACCACCACCAUGUUAGCCCACAAAUUCCACCGCCUCCACCUCCGCAAUUCCCCCCAGUUCCGAUGCGUUCUGGACCAAAUCGCCCCCAAUCUGGCCGUCUCGGCGUCCCUCAGCUCCGUCUUCACCUCUGCCAACGUCAUCGCCGCUGCCUCCGGCUCCAGCUCUCUCCACGGUGCCGUCACCUCCACCAUCACUCAAGUCGCGGUCACCGCCGUCGCCAUCGCCUCCGGGGCUUGUCUUUCCACCAAGGUCGAUUUCUUGUGGCCCAAAAUGGAAGCCCAGCCAGGUUCUGAUGUGGUGGAGGGAGUGGACGUGACUGGAUAUCCUAUCUUCAAUGAUCCAAAGGUGCAAAAGGCUGUUGCAUUUGCUAAGAAAGCUCACCACGGCCAACUGCGCAAAACCGGAGACCCUUAUUUAGUCCAUUGCAUUCAUACAGGAAGAAUCUUGGCCAUGCUGGUUCCUGCAAGCGGCGAGCGAGCUGUUGAGACUGUUGUAGCCGGGAUUCUCCAUGAUGUGGUGGACGAUACAUGUGUAAGUUUCUCCGAUAUACAACAAGAGUUUGGUGAUGAUGUCGCGAAGCUGGUAGCUGGUGUUUCCAGGUUAAGCUACAUAAAUCAGCUUUUACGGAGACACCGCAGGAUAAAUGUGAACCAGGGUAAACUUGGUCAUGAGGAGGCAAAUAAUUUACGAGUUAUGCUUCUGGGCAUGGUUGAUGAUCCACGUGUUGUGCUUAUAAAGCUUGCGGAUCGUCUUCACAAUAUGAGAACAAUUUAUGCUCUCCCGCUGCCAAAGGCUCAAGCUUUUGCAAGGGAGACCUUGGUAAUUUGGUGCUCGCUGGCUUCCAGAUUGGGUUUGUGGGCAAUGAAAGCUGAACUGGAAGAUCUGUGCUUUGCUGUUCUUCAGCCUGAGAUGUUCAAGAAAAUGAGAGCUGAUCUAGCUUCUAUGUGGAGCUCUAGUAACAAAGUAGGAAAUUCAAAAAGAAAAUCCAGUUUGAUGUCCUUAAAUGGAAGAAGCUCAAUUUCCGACAACGAAGGGCCCGUAGCAGUUGAUGAAGAUGUCACAACCAUGAAGGAUCUUUUGGAAGCUGUAGUGCCAUUUGAUGUAUUGUUAGAUCGAAGAAAACGGUCUAAAUUUCUUAAUACUCUAGGACAAGGUCUGGAGACUCACAGAAGACCAAAGGUUGUGCAAGAUGCUGGAAUUGCUUUGGCAUCUAUGGUAAUUUGUGAGGAGGCCCUCGAGCAGGAGUUGAUCAUAUCAACUUCUUAUGUUCCAGGGAUGGAAGUAACUUUAUCGAGCCGCUUGAAAAGUUUGUAUAGCAUCUACAGCAAGAUGAAACGGAAAGAUGUCAGCAUUAGUAAAGUUUAUGAUGCCCGUGCAUUAAGGGUAGUCGUUGGAGACAAUAACGGAACUUUGCAUGGGCCUGCUGUCCAGUGUUGUUACAGCCUUCUUGACAUUGUACACAAGCAUUGGACCCCAAUUGAUGGUGAGUUUGAUGAUUACAUUGUCAAUCCAAAGCCUAGUGGCUAUCAGUCUCUGCACACUGCAGUACAAGGUCCUGACAGAUCACCUUUGGAAGUUCAAAUACGAACACAGAGGAUGCACGAGUACGCUGAACAUGGACUCGCAGCACAUUGGCUUUAUAAAGAGACUGGAAAUACGUUUUCUAACAUAAGUAGCACGGAUGAAUCUGAAAUAGACGUAUCAUCCUUUUUACCCAAAGAUAUUGAGAUUGAGGACCAAAGUUCUACAGAAGAUGAUUUUUCUCAGAAGUAUGAUUUGCUGAAAAUUGGACAUCCAGUCCUUAGAGUGGAAGGGAGUCAUCUUCUUGCUGCUGUUAUCAUUAGAGUAGAGAAAGAUGGAAGGGAGUUGAUAGUUGCAGUGAGCUUUGGACUAGCUGCUUCUGAAGCAGUAGCUGAUAGAAAAUCUUCUUUCCAAAUAAAACGGUGGGAAGCCUAUGCAAGAUUAUACAAGAAGGUGACGGAUGAAUGGUGGUGUGAACCAGGACAUGGGGAUUGGUGCAACUGCCUAGAGAGAUAUACACUCUGUCGAGAUGGGAUGUACCACAAGCAAGACCAGUUUGGGCGAUUACUUCCAACCUUCAUUCAGGUCAUUGAUUUGACAGACCAAGAAGAAUCGGAAUAUUGGUCUGUUGUUUCUGCUGUUUUUGACGGAAGAGAGCUCGACGAUGUUACAUCCGCAGCAAGCUUUAGCUCAGUUCCGUCAACUUCCAUGGAAACUAGCAUCAACAACAAGGUGCGUUUGUUGAGGACCAUGCUGCGAUGGGAAGAACAGCUACGCUCAGAAGCAAGUCUUGGACAAGCAAAGCAUAGCAGCAAGUUUUACCGCAGUCCAGGUUCUGUUGUCCUUGGAGAAGUGGUGAUUAUAUGGUGGCCCGAUGGUGAAAUAAUGCGGUUGAGAACCGGCAGCACCGCAGCAGAUGCCGCAAGAAGAGUAGGACUGGAGGGAAAACUGGUCCUGGUUAACGGUCAGCUGGUUUUACCCAAUACAAAGCUCACAGAUGGCGACGUCGUUGAAGUCAGAGCCUAAGAAAUUUGGAAAUAAAAGUCUCAUUGUGAAUACUGUGUAAUUAGAGGGAAGAAACUCUUAUGUCCUGGUUCUGUCUGUAUUAUCUGCUAUUUAUUUCUUCCAGGAUGAGAUUGAACAUAUAGUUCAAUGUACAUAUGACAAAGUUUACACUCCAAAUUAAAAUAAGAAAGUAGAUUUCUGCUACCUGCGGUUA